UGCUACCACAUGAUACAGGAUUGCUCAUAGGAUGGUACUACGGACGCGGCCCGCGUAUUUCUGUGACGAAGAUGCGUCGUCGCUCUGCAAUUCCAUCCCGCUCGACGUUUCGACGAGAGGCUCUCUUUCGCCGCUCUCCCUUCUCUCGACGUAUACGUCUCAAUUUUGCCUUUCUACAUCCUUUCACGCCGAUAUAUUCAUUGACAAUCGCCGCACCGUGGCUUUAAUAUUUUCUAUGGACGACACAGCCGCAUCCGCAAUCCACGCUUUCGCGUCGCUUCCUGAUUGAAGCGCUGCCGUCCGAAGAUCUUUCUGGCCGCGGUCGCCGCCAUUGUGCAACGCUGUACGACGUGCGACGUUGUACGACGUGCGACGUUGUACUACACUUGCUUCGCCAGGCUCACCAUGUCUCAUCCUCGGCGCGCUGCAACCGCCGUGGCCAAGUGGGCUCGGAGCGCCGUCGCGCCGCUGACACCCCGCAGCACAGCGCUCCCAGCCGCGGUCGCAGCGUGGCUCAAGCGGCGCGUGACCUUCUACCGCCUGCACAUGCUGUGCUUCGUUAUAGUCAUCCUCGCCGCUACGCUUAUCUUCUGCGUUGCCCCCAGCGGGCCAGCUGGUCCGAUGAGCUUCAUAGACGCGCUGUUCAACGCGACGUCCUGCGUGUGCCUGGCGGGCCUCAUCACUGUGGACGUGGGGGUGUUUACUGACGGCACCAACGUCGCACGGCUCCUCCUCAUGUUCAUUGGCUGCCAGGUGGUGACGUCCCUGGUGCCUGUCCUUGUGCGCCGCUACCACUUCCACCGCCACCUGGCCCACGCCAGCCUGCUCUAUCACCAUCGCCACCACUCCUCCGCCUCCCUCCCCCCCAUCACUGCAACUUCCGCUACCCAGCCAGGGGAAGACGGUGGGCGGACUGUGGGGCUGCCUGCUACAGCUGUAGCAGCUGCGAGUCCCAUGAGCGCCUGUAGCAGCGGCAAGGGCAGUGGUAAGGGAAGCAGCAAGGGCAGCAGCGGCAGCGGCAGCAGCAAGGGCAGACAGGGAGGCAGCGGCGGAGGUGGUCGGAGUGCGCUGGGGCAGCUGCAGGGGGUUAGAGUGCAUGCUGGGGAUGAGGGAGGGGGAGAUGAAGAUAUUGACGUUGAAGCAGGCUCAGCACACUCUAUCGCCCAUGACUCAGCUGCACACCCUGCUGCUGCUAACUUAACCGCAGCUGGAGAAAGUAGGUCUUUUGCCACAAUCCCCCCUCUUGUCUCUUCGCCAGCUGCCCCUUCCCAUGAGAUAGCUGCUGCCAGUACCAGCACCAUGGCUUCAGCAGGCACCAUGGCUUCAGCAGGCGAACGCCAUGUGGCCGCGGUAGGUGCAACUUCUGGUGCAGCAGCAGCGGCGGCAGCGGCAGCAACAGCGGCAGCAGCAGCAACCGCAGAUGCAACAGCAGCAGAAGCAGCAGAUGUGACAGCAGCAGGCGCAGCAGACGCAGAGGUGGCAGCAGCAGCACCGGUGGGGCGAAGGCCCCUGGCCCUGACAACCGUGCUGGAGAGACUGCUCGACGAGACUAGAGCAGGGCAGCACCUGGGGAAUCCGGGUGCCGGUAGGGAGGCAGGGGGGAGCGGAGGAGGGGGCGAGGGCGUGGAGGAAGGGUGGGUGGCACAGGGCGGGUUGCGUCGCAGGGUGGGUGGCGCAGUCGCAGGUAGAGUGGUGGAGGCAGAGGGGGCUGUUGGGACGCUGGGCUCGAUGACGUGGUCAGGGGAGACGGCUAAGAUCGAAGGGCAGCGCCUCCGACUGGCGCUUGAGGCGCUUAGAGCACAGCAGCAGCAGCAGCAGCAGCAGCAGCAGCAGCGGGGGGAGGAGGCGGGCGCAAGGCGCUUCUCCCUUGACUUCUUCACCUCCAGGCUCACUCGUGCUGCAUCUCUCAACCAGUCCGCGUCAGCGGCACUGCACCCACAUGGCCCAGCGCACUCGCCCUUCCUGCCGUGGCGCAGCAGGGAGCACCAGUUGAGCCGCUCGAGCAGCAUGAAUCGGACUAGCCUGGGGGACCUGGACUUCUGGGAUGCUGAUGGGUAUGCUGAUGGGUAUGCGGAUGCUGAUGCAGAUGCGUUGGUGGGCGAGAUGCUGACGGCGGCGCAGCCAGGCGAGCUCAGGUUCCUCGAGCUCAGGGCCCUGGAAACGCUGAGCUGGCUGGUGCCGGCGUUCCUCGCCUCAGUGCUGGUCGGGUCCUUCCUGCUGCUGCUGCUCAUCGUGAGCGUCUCUGCUUCCGCCAAGCGCACUCUGCAGGCCAACACCAUCAACAGCGUGUUCUUCUCCGCCUUUCAUGCAAUGUCGGCGUUUUCCAACACAGGGGCAGCGCUGCUGAACAGCAACCUGGUGGAGUUUCAGGGGGACCCUGCGUUCCUCAUCGUCACGUCCCUGCUCAUCCUGCUGGGUAACACUAUGUUCCCCCCCACUCUGCGGGCCCUACUGCUGCUCCUCCGCCGCUUCUCACGAGGAGAGAAACGGAUCGUCUACUCGUACCUCCUUUUACACCCACGCAAGUGCUUCACUCACCUCUUCCCACCGCGCUCCACCUGGGUGCUCGUGUUUACGGUACUUGCUUUCAACCUCACCGAGUUUGUCUUCUUCUGCGCCAAUGACUGGUCCUCGCCUGCCCUCGACGGCCUUUCCAGUGGCACCAAGGUGCUGGCUGGAUACUUCCAGUCGGUGAGCACACGCAAUGCGGGGUUCAACGUCAUUGUGAUCGCCCUCCUGCGCCCACCCAUGCUGCUGCUUUACCUUGGCAUGAUGUACGUGGCAGUGUACCCCUUGUACCUGACUCGGCAAUCGUCACGGGAGCAGCGGGAGGUGUACGACAAUGAGGACAUCGGGGUCUUUUGGGAGGACCUGCAGGGGGGUGUGCUGGACCACGGGGUGUUGACCCAGGGCAAGUGGCUGAUCCUGCGCGAUGCGCCGCUGCUCUUCGUGGCGCUGCUGGUGAUCUGCCUCAUAGAGAGCGCCAACAUCACCAGCGACAUUGCCAACUUCAACAUCUUCAACAUCGCCUUUGAGCUCAUCAGUGGCUACGGCAACGUGGGCCUAUCCCUGGGCUACACGUGUCCACCUGCAGCCGGCCCCUCCUGUGUCUCGCCGCCUUACAGCUUUUCAGGUGUGUGGAGCCCGUGGUCCAAGCUGGUGCUGGUGCUGGUGAUGCUGCUGGGCCGCCACCGAGGCCUGCCUGACAACAUUGAUGCCGCCAUUUCCAUCCCACACCGCAACCAGUUCUACCUUCAACCCACCAAACCUGCCGCACCUGCCGCUCCUGCCGCACCUGCUGCACCUGCCGCACCUGCUGCACCUGCCGCACCUGCCGCAGAAGGCUCGGGGGUGAGAGGGUGACUUGACAUGAUGACAUUGACACAUGGUGGUGCUUUCGGAAGAGCCACCACCACCCACCCACCACACCUCGGCUCGCUUGAUCUGAGCUGUGGGUCGGAAUGAGGACUUCUAAGAAUAGAUUAGGAUGCGUGUCAAGUCUCGUGUCAAAUCUCGUGUCGAGUCCAGUAAGACAGCAGAAGUCAUAGUGGCUAUGCCAUGCAGAAUGUGAAGGUAAUAGUGUGAAAUAAAUGAACACAUAUGUAAGAUGUAUUAUCUGUUCAUAUAGUCUACUAUGUACCCCUUGGUGUCAAGAAGCUAGGUUAGGAGCUAGGCAGAGGAAAGUAGUGCGGUUUUAGGCCAGGAGAAAAUGUAGAGAGAGUGAUGGACUAGAAGUGACGGGUACAAGGGGGUUGUACCCUCUACAGUAGGAUCCAGGAUAUGCAGUAAACCUACCUAGCCUAAUACACACAU